AUGAUAAUAGGAUCAUUCAAUAUUAGGGGAGGAGGCAAUUUGAUAAAGAGGAAGAGGAUUGCUCAAAUUGUGAAGAAUGGGAAGGAAGACAUUUUCUUGAUCCAAGAAUCAAAACUGGAAACCGUUGAUGUGGGUAUUGUUAAUAGUUUGUGGCCUAAUGAGAAGGUGGGGUUGUCUUUCUCGGGUUCCUCUGGAGCUUCUGGAGGUUUGAUUACUAUUUGGAAGGAAGGCGUGUGCGAGGUGCUUUUUUCUUUCAGAGGGGAGGGUUUUAUAGGAAUUAAAGUCAUUCACAAGGGAUUGCCCUUUUACAUCGUGAAUGUCUAUUCUCCUUGUACUCUUCAGCUCAAAAGGAAGUUGUGGAAGGAUCUGUUGCAAUGCAAAUCUUACUUUACUGAUGGGGAGUGGUGUAUAGCCGGGGAUUUUAAUGUUGUGGUGUGUAAGAGGGAAAGACGUGGGUCAGGAUCUAGAAGUAGGACGUCGGAGAUGAAGGAUUUUGCAGAGUUCAUUCUCCAUUCCAAUCUUAUUGAUGUACAAUGCAAAGGUAAGAGAUACAGUUGGUUUAGUGGGGGUGGUCUUUCCAUGAGCAGAAUAGAUAGGUUUCUAUUAUCUGAUUCUUUGAUUUUGGAGUGGGGUAUUUCCGGUCAGCGUAUCGACAAUCGUGAUGUUUCUGAUCAUUGCCCUAUCUGGUUAAUCUCUGAUUUCUCUGAUUGGGGACCUAAACCCUUCAGAGUUAAUGAUUGCUGGUUCGAGGACUCUUCUUUCUUGCCGUUCGUGGAAAAGGUGUGGAGGAGUAUUAAGGUCGAGGGAAGGAGUGACUUCAUUCUGAAAGAAAAGCUGAGGAUCCUGAAAUCUAGUCUUCGAAUUUGGAAUGAGGAGCAGUUUGGAAAGUUUGACCUUGAUAUUAGGGAGGGAAUUCAGAAGAUUAACUUAGCUGACUCUUUGCUCUCGUCUUGUCAAGAGGAUUCGAUCAAGGAGGUGGUGAUUGAGAGAAGUGAAGCAACGAGUGAGAUGUGGAAGAAGAUGUAUAUUAAAGAGAAUCUAUUGAGGCAGAAGAGCAGGGAUUUCCACAAAUAUGGCAGGCUCUCAAAGGCGAUUAUCUCCUCUUUUCUCACUCUUAUUCCAAAAUGUGACAAUCCAUUGGGUUUAGAUGAGUUCAGACCAAUCUGUCUUGUGGGUUGUGUCUACAAGGUUAUCUCCAAGCUGCUAGCUUCAAGGCUUAAAAGGGUGUUGGAUCCAAUUGUGUCGGUUAAUCAGAGUGCUUUUGUCCCAGGCAGACUCUUAUUGGAUGGUGUGUUGGUAGCCAAUGAAGUUGUUGAUCACGCGAAGAAGUCUAAACAAAAGUGCCUCAUGUUCAAAGUCGACUUCGAGAAAGCAUACGAUUCUGUUAGUUGGAUUUAUCUUAAAAGCGUAAUGAAUAGGAUGGGAUUUGGAAUCCGAUGGAUGAAGUGGAUGGAUGCAACUGUGUUUUCUAGUUGGAUGUCUGUUUUAGUCAACGGUAGCGCAACCAGAGAUUUCAAGGUGGAUAGAGGGCUCCGUCAAGGAGAUCCUCUGUCCCCCUUCUUAUUUGUUUUGGCAGCAGAAGGUUUAGCGGGUUUAGUGAACAAAGUGCUUUUUGCAGGAGAAUACUGUGGAUACAAGAUGGGAAGGGAGUGCGUCGUGGAUCUGUUGUAG